AUGCAAAGACCUGAUGGUGGUGGAACAUUAUGUCAAGCCAGGGUCCAGCUUUUGGUAAACCACUUCAUAGUCAAGUACUCAAAGCUGUCAACCUUUUUUCACUAUGACAUAGAUAUCAAGUUUGAUCCAGCGCCUUCAAAGGUUUCUGGCAAGGAGCUCUCCAAUGCAGAUUUUCUUUCUGCAAAGGCCGAGCUUUUCAAGGAUGACAGCUUUCGGCAGCUUUCAUCGGCUGUUGCUUAUUAUGGAAAGAGAAACCUAUUUACUGUUGCACAACUGCCAGAAGGUUUAUUCCGUGUCAGAGUUUGUUCAAAGACCUACAUUGUAUCAGUAGAGUUCAAGAAGCAGCUUCCUCUAAGCCAAUUCUCGGAGCUGCCUGUGGCUAGGGAGAUCUUACAGGGUCUUGAUGUCAUUGUGCGUGAGGCUUCUAGCUGGAGCAAGAUUAUACUUGGUCAUGGAUUUUACUCACCACAAAGCAAAGCGGAUAUGGGGUCAGGUGUUGUAUCUAUGAAAGGAACCCAGCAGACCCUUAAACACACUCAGCAGGGACUGGUCCUAUGUGUCGACUAUUCAGUUAUGCCAUUUCGCAGAGAUGGACCUGUUCUGGAUAUUGUGCGGCAGUUUAUAAAGCCCCUUCCCCUUGACUACAGGACAACACUAAUUUUUUUAUUAAUAUAG